GGCGCGGCCCAGCGCUCCGCGUUCUGGGUCCCAGCGGCGCCAUGCGCUAUAACGAGAAGGAGCUGCAGGCGCUGUCCCGGCAGCCGGCCGAGAUGGCAGCUGAGCUGGGCAUGCGGGGCCCCAAGAAGGGCAGCGUGGUGAAACGGCGGCUGGUGAAGCUGGUGGUCAACUUCCUCUUCUACUUCCGGACGGACGAGGCGGAGCCCGUCGGAGCCCUGCUGCUGGAGCACUGCAGAGUCACUCAGGAAGAGCCCAGCGGCUUCUCCAUCAGCUUUCUAGAGGACCCAGAGAGAAAGUAUCACUUUGAGUGUUGCAGUGAGGAGCAGUGUCAGGAGUGGAUGGCUGCUCUGCGUCGAGCCAGGUGGGGUGCGUCGAGCCAGUUACGAGUUCAUGCGGAGGAGCCUCAUCUUCUACCGGAAUGAGAUCCAGAAGAUGACUGGCAAGGAUCCCCUGGAGCAGUUCGGCAUAUCAGAGGAGGCCAGGUUCCAGCUGAGCGGCCUGAAGGCAUGAGUCUGGGUGUGGGGCUCCUCAGCUUUCCUGCUGGGGGCUGGAUGAACCCUCCCUGGGUCCCCGGUUUCUUGGCCAAGCCUGGAUUUGUCGUGGGAGGUGUCUUGGUUUACAGAUUUUAAAAGCCCCAGGAUCCGCAGGGGCUGCCUUUUUGAAGAAACAAUCCAGCAAGCCCCUUCUGGAUGCACUGGGACCCACUGGACUGUGGCACCUCAGUGCCACAUGCUGCUGCCAGGGGACAGGUGUCCCCUCCCAGGAGCUGUGCCCAGCCCCUUGGGUGCGUCCAUCCAGGCCUGGCAGGUGCCUGAGGCUGGUGCAACUCUCCUGCCCCGUGCAGGCUGAAUGUACAACAUUAGGUGAUGCCGUGAAGGGCGUGGGCCCAUGCUGGGGCUGCUGUGAAUUCUCCUGCUGAAGGGGCAGGCCCCGGCCGGACGCCUCUGGGCAGAGCUGGAAGGUGCGCCUUUCGGGUGGCCAGUUUGUUCUGUUCAAAUAAAGGUACCUCUUUUUCACACGGGA